AAGACAAUGCGUGACAAACAAAUAAUGAUUUUCUAAUUAUUACACGUAUAUACUUUGGAAUACUUCAUAAAUAAUUUUGUCACGUGCUAAGACAAUAAAAUUUUUAUGCCAUAUUAGUAAAUUCAUAACCAAUCAGUUUUCAUCAUGUCCACGCGCAUCACGAAAACAUGCGUUUGUCAAAAUUUUAUAACAAAUUUAGAACAUUUUAUAAAUUUCUUGAAAAAUCAUAAAAAUAUUUUAUUCAAUGGAAUAUGAAUAUUACCAUUAUAAGUGACUAUUAGUAAUUUAAUUUGAAUUAUUUUUACAAUGGCUGUUAAAGAAAAGUCUGCAGAAUCUACUGAUGAAAUAGAAUGGAAUGUAGAAAAUGAAAUUAAUCUUUUUUUCGCUAUGAAUGGUCAUAAACCAGUUGGUAUCAACAAAUAUUUUCACAUGAUAUGUAUACGAGAAAAAUUUCGUGGUGCUAUUCAUAAAAAUGUUUCGUUGAAAACAAUUUGGGACCAUUUAGAAUCAAUGUACGAUCUUAUGGCUCUAGAUGAAAUGGAAGAUUUGCCAUUUCCAAGUCAUGAAAUGGAUUUUUCACUUCCCGAAUCAGAAUAUUUGGGAUCAUUAAAACUGAGGAAAAAGGAGGAGCAAGAAAGCAAAUUCAAAGAACAAAGAGAUAAAUAUAAAGAAAUAAAAAAAGAAAAAGAUAUAAGGGAGUCAUUUAAAAAAGAAACUGCGUUACGCGAUAUCAAAGGAUCCAAAGAUCUUGAAAAGAAAAAGGAAGACAUUAAGAAAUAUGUUAAAGAAAUAGAUAUAAAAAAAGAUAAAUUAAGAGAUAUGAAAGAUUCAAGAAAAGAACAUAAACUUUCUAAAGGCAGAUCUAAAGGGAAGGAUGAAAUGGAAGAAAUUGCAUCAAAUGUAAAAAAAGAACGCAAGGAUUCUGAUUCAAGUCGUGAAAGUUUAAAAAGAGGUCCAAAGAGACCAACUAGACAAAGCGUUGAUAGUUCAUCCAAAGCUUCUUCCAGUCCACGUGAUACACCACCAUUAAAACGUAGAAGGAUAUAACAUAUUUUGUUUACAAA